GAAAGAAGAAGAAGUAUUUCACUUUCACGGCGAGGCCAGCAUCGACGGCGAAGUUAGGAGGUCUCCGUUUUGUGAUUGUGAGGCGCUAAUGAAUCUGAAGGAUGAUAUUCAGUCAGGAGAAGUUGGUCGUACAGUGGUGGAAUUUAUGGAAGUAGCCAUCACAAUGAUUGUAUUCCUCAAAGGUUUUUACCCAACUGCGGCAUUUGAAAGGCGGAGAUAUAUGAAUGUGGUGGUGCAAAGAGCUAGACAUCCUGAGCUACGUGACUAUAUUCACUCUGCUGCAUAUGGGCUUCUUCCUUUUAUUCAAAAGGGUCUUGUUGAGAGAGUAGCAGUCAUAUUUUUCAGCGAGGAUAAUGUUCCUGUAGAGAGGUUCAUCUUCAAGCUCACGAUUAACCCGUCUUCCGCUGCUUUAGUAGAAGAGGGUCAACUGGAGUUUGCGCUUAGGUCCUUCUUAAUCAAGCUUUCCGUCUCAAAAUCCCUUGUCAAACCUCUUCCCCAAAAUUGUAGAUGGGAGGUAACGGCUUAUCUAAGGUCACUUCCUCAAGUGGGUUCAAGCAAAGAAGGAGAGCUGUGGAUUCCAACAGACACAAAGCAGUGGCAGAACCCACCAGUUAUAACUCCCGUCAAGUCUUUGAACAGCGAGCCACUCUGCUUGCAGCUUUACUUGGAACACCCAAGUUUGUCUCAACCACACAACCUUGUCAAGCCCAAUGCAGCCCAUGAGCCACAAGUAAGAUAACACAUAAGCGUCGGGUCAGUUGGACCCAUUUUCUGAUGCAAAGAUGCAUUAUUGUUUUGUAUCAUGUACUCCCAUUUUGGAGGUUGUGAAGGAGGGGACACUGAUGCAUUAAACAUGUUUGAGAUUU